UAUUACUAAACUAUGACAGUUUUGGUGCAACAAAACGUUACUGACAUUAUCUGUGGUCCUCAGGGAAGAUAAUAAAAUUAUUAAAAAAAAGGAUUUCAUGACUCAUUUAACCAAUCGGCACACGUUGAACCAGAGACCGUAUAGCAGAUAUGGACCACUGAUAUUAAAAUGAAUGGGAGAAACUGGAACGUCCAAUGGAUUUAGAAACGGAAGUCUGUCCUUUACAGGUAAUCAGCCAAUCAAGUUUUUGAUACCAACCUUCUACGGUCAUUUUGGAGAAAGAAUCGCCAUUGGCUAAUACAUUUUCUUUACUUGCCACACUUUUGACGACAUGUAAGCUUAAUGCAGCUGAAAAAGAUAUUAAACCAGAGGUGCACAAACUGUUUCCUACAGAGGGCCAAAAAUCAAUCUUAAAAAGAGAACAUUGCAUUAUAACUAACUCAGGGGCUGGAAUUUAUUUCUGAAAACAUCUGCACAACGGACGGCAUGAAACAAAUAAUGUUCAGCGAAAAUUCAAAUGAAGAACGUGAUGGAUAUAUUAAUUUGGAACUAUAUAAGAUUGCAGGGGAUUUUUUGUUUGUUUUUGUUUUGCCCAGAGCCUCCAUUAAUUUCCGACCCUGGUUGGAACGAGAGAUGGAGAUGAGAGAUGUAACUUGUUUAAGUGUCUCUCUUCAUCGUACAGCUGGUACAUUACAAAAAGUAUUUUUGCUAUUUCUGCCUUUCUUGCAAAUGUGCUGCAUUCUGAAAAAUGAGAGAGCGCCAAGAUAUGAAAGACGCACACACUUGCAAUGUUAACAGGUUUGUUGAUUAUAAACGGGAACGAUAUAGUUAUUUGAUAGCUUUCUGAUUAACUCACAAGCCCUUAUUUCUGCUGAAGUAAGACUGAGAUUCUGUUUCUUGCAUUUUAGCAUCUCCACAGAAAUAGAGUAGAUGGGCAUCUCUUCAGUGUCACUGCAUGUCAUCAACACUGAGUGAAUGAACCCACAAUGACCACAGAUAUUUGCCAUUACACGGUCGUUAAAUUAACGUAAAACUGGAGUGCUUUUACGUUCACUAUUAAUUAAUAAGUUAAUACCUAUUUUAUAUUUUCACGGAAGUUUAGCAUGAGCAUCUGUAAACGGUGCGCACAUCAGAGCACUUGAAGCAGUUCAUCUUCACGCGCUCUCAAGAGAGCUGCUCUGCGAUGUCCGCAGUGCGGUUCCAUGAGACGCUCGUAGUUCAACUGAAUGAGACACAAAAGUGUUUUCCUGCAUGCUUGUGAGACACUGCAUGCAGGGAAAGAUGAGGCUGAAUCCAGCUUCUUAAUCGCCUGUUUUUUAUUCAGUAAAAAGAUCUCGGUGCUUCGACACAACUCAAUCACUGGUGAGUAAAAUGUUCAUAUUUACUCGCCAGCAGGGUUGGGGAGUAACGGAAUACAUGUAACGGGAUUACGUAUUUAAAAUACAAAAUAUAAGUAACUGUAUUCCACUACAAUUACAGUUUAAAUCAUUGGUAAUUAGAAUACAGUUACAUUCAAAAAGUAUUUUGAUUACUGAAGAGAUUACUUUGCAUUUUAUUGUCAUUUGUUUCAUUUAAUAUUUAGUCCUUUCAGAUGGAAAACAUUUAUACGUAUAAAUGAUGUGAUCCAAAGUGCAUUUGAACAGCGGUGAAACACUUUCUAAUGAUGUGUUACAUUCAUACGAGCAGACAGAGAAGUAAGUUUGAAGUAAGUUUGGAGCAGAAGAAAUAGAAAUAAACCUUGGGUAAACUGUCAGCUUUACGCUAAGCUAAAAUGCUAUUUCUAGCCAUUUUACAUGCACGUUACCAGGCACAAUCAUAUUUUAUUAUCAAGAAAAUUCACAUUGGAUCAUAAUUUCUUUUUUUCUAGUAAGACCUUUGAUAUUAGGGCAAAAAUCAUAUUCUUGAUAAUAAUUUUUGUAUUGUUUUCCUGUAAAAUACCUAAAAAUCCUUAAAACAAGAUUAAUUUGAUUUAUCAUAUUGAAAACAAUGCUGCAUAAGAUAUUUAGGCAUUUCUGCUGUUAUUUGAGCUUUUACUUUCUGUAUGCUGUCAUAGAACAGAAUAAAUAAGUUCACCUUUAAGGGGUGCCAAGCACUGUAAAAUAGCCCUUUAUUAAUGCAGCAAAUUGCUUUUGAAAUAAAUUUCUUCUCUUAAAAUAAAAACUUAAUCAGGUGCAUUGACUCGGAGGAAUUUGCACAUCAAGUAUUAAAUUGAAAUUCAUGGUUAAACCAAGCUGCUAAAAAUGAACUGUUAUUGUGAUUUACGGUUGUUGUUAUUAACUAUAAAUGUACUUGUUUUUUGAUCAUUGGAAUCUUUCAUAAUUUUACCAUAGCCAAUGCUUUGUGUCGUCCUAAAGAGCAUCCAAUGACCAUAACACACAACCUCUAAUGGCUUAGUGCUUUAAUACUACAUAACUCUCUGUCCUUUAUUUCAGUACAGUAGUAAAUUGAUCUGGUUUUGAACUUGUAGGCAUCACUAAGAACAGAAUAACUGGAGGAGUGUGAAGAAACACACACACACAAGCAGGUGAUCUCAGCAGUGUGUCAGUGUGUCUGCCAGCUACUGUGGUGACAAGAAACUGCUGACCCAGCAGGUGUGGGUGUGGGUGGGUGUGGGUGUGUGUGUGGGUGUGUGUGUGUGUGUGUGUGUGUGUGUGUGUGAGAGAGAGAGACAACAUCUCCAUUGUGACACAGCUGCUUCCAUUCCAUCAGGGGGAAACAUUAUAGGUUUGUAUUGUUUUUGUAUGAAGCUAAUUGUAAUGACUACAGGCUAACCCUAACCAACCCCUUUAAUAUAAGAUUAUUUAUGAAUCAAAUUUCCAAUUGAGGACAUCCUCAACUGUCCCUAAAGCAAGGUUUUGUAACUCAUUUCUGGGGAUAAUUUCAUCCCCAAAAGUAGAUCUACUCGCACACGCGCACACACACACACACACACACACACACACACACACACACACACACACUCCUCUCAGGGCAUCGUCUCUGCUUUGCUGUGAUGAUUGGACAGUCUGCAGGCAGACCCGUUGAGCAGGCCAGUGGAGAGCGGCUCUCGUGGUAUGACUACUACAAACAAGGGAAACAAAGCAUUAAAGGUGAAGCGUGAGCCAGGUGAGAAUGGCACGAGUCUUACAGAUGAUGAGCUGGUGUCCAUGUCUGUGCGGGAGUUGAACCAGCACCUGCGCGGUUUGACUAAAGAUGAAAUCCUGCAGCUGAAGCAGCGGAGGCGCACGCUCAAGAACCGCGGCUAUGCCGCCAGCUGCCGCGUCAAACGUGUCACACAGAAGGAGGAGCUGGAGAAGCAGAAGGUGGAGCUUCAGCAAGAGGUGGAGAAGCUCGCCUCCGAGAAUGCCAGCAUGAAAGUGGAGCUGGACGUGCUGCGCUCCAAAUACGAGGCCCUGCAGAGCUUUGCCAGGACUGUGGCCCGCAGCCCUGUGGUCGCUGCAAGGGGCCCCAUCACAUCUGUCAUAGGGCCCCUCAUACCGGGCAAGGUCGCCGCCACCAGCGUCAUCACCAUCGUCAAAUCCAAAACAGAAGCACGCUCGUAAUGCACAGCUAGGGAACAUUGUAAGUAUGUUGGUUAGUGGAUACAUCAAGUACACGCUUACUCUGAACAUAAAGAGCAUGAAACUGCAAAAAAUAAUUUUAUUACUGAGAAUUGUCUUGUUUUCCAGUAAAAUAUCUAAACAUCCUUAAAACAAGACAAAUGUACUUGAAGCAGAUUGGCACAACAUGUUUUGUCUUGUUUUCAGAGAAAUCUAACAAAAUUUUGCAAUGUUUACGCUUAUAACAAGAACAAACUAUUUGCCAAUGGGGUAAGACAUUUUUUUUUAAGCAUAAAUCUCACCAAAUUUUGUUAAAUUUCUCAAAAACAUGACAAAAUAUUUUGUUGUAAAUUGAUUUUGUUUUUUGCUUGUUUUAAGAAUGUUUACAUAUAUUUACUGGAAAAUAAGACAAAAACAUUUCUCUCUUGCACAAUCUGCUCUGUCAGAGCUAUAGUACAUAAACAUAGAAAUAGAUGACAUUUCUUUUAAUCUCUCAGAUGUUAAAGGACACAAUAUACUCAAAGAAUUAGCAUCUGAUUCAAAGUAAUACUUCACCCCAAAAUAAAUAUUAUGUCAUUAUUUAAUUACCCCCAUGUUGUUCCAAACCCAUAUGACCUUCUUUCUUUUGUGGAACAAAAAAAGUAAAUGUUUAGCAGAAUGUCCACGCUGUAAUUUUCUCAUACAAUAAAAGCAUAUAGUGACCUCUAGAAGAAAAUGCUUUAUAAAAGUACAAUAAAAGUAACCAUAUGACUCAUUCGCUGUAUUCCAAGUCAAGUUUUGAAGUCACACAAUAGAUCUGUGUGAGAAACAAACCAAAGUUCAGCUUGCAAAUCUCAGUAUUUCAUAUUUUUGUGUCACCAUGAUCUGCUAAACAUUUCCUUUGUUUCACUUGAAAAAUAAAACAUGUCAUAUGCAGUGUUGGUUGAAAUCCGAUUACAAAGUAAUUAGUUACUGUAAUCUAACUACUUUAAGUCAAAAGUAGUGUAACAUUAAAUUUCAAAUUCUUGUAAUCCGAUUACACAUACUAGGGUUACACACAUUUCUAAAAAACAUUUAUGUAGAAUGCAUCUAAAACCUAAAUUGUUAUUGAUGAACGAGGAUAUAUAGACAUUAUUUUAAAUUUGUCGAACAGAAAGGUGUUUUAGAAAAUAAAAAUAAAGUAAUUAGCAGUGUGAUUACUUUUCCUAUGAAGUAAUUAGCAAAGUAAUCUGAUUACAAUUCUAAAGAAGUAAUUUGUAGUCAAUAUUAAAAUAUUCCUUUAACUCCAACUGGAAAGUGUAAUCAGAUACCAGUGCUUGAUAUUAUCCACUGACUAAUAUAAUGAUGGGUGAAACUAAAGAGAUUCUCUGUUAUUGACGUUCCCCUAGAAAUCUGAAUUGUGUGAUUCACAAAGCCAAGUUCUUCAGCUCUCAGCAAGUUUUCCAUUUUCUUUCCUAUUUUGUUCAAUUCCAUUAGUGGAAUGAUGUUUACAAGCUGUAUUCCGAGGAAUAUGACCAGGAGAGGCAAUAAACUACUGUAUUUAUGCAUACAGGACAGGUGAUGCUCAUCUUUUGCAGACAAGAGAGAGCUUUCUUUUAAAUAUCACAAGAGUUCUGUUAUCAGUCGGAAAGAGAGGAGCAUUGACGUGUUUUUAGGAAAUAUAUGAAGUCAGUCAACCUUGUUGUUAAAACUGAUCAUUAUCACUUUUUUCAGAGUUGUAGAGCUGUAGCUUAGUUGUUUUGUGAUUUGUGGAUGGGCUGGUCGCAAUUAAUUUCCAAAAUCAACCCAACACAAGCUUUGUUUUAUCGUAAGCAAAUGGUCUCUGAUGUCUUUGUCUGAAGAAAAAAAAAUUGUUCUUUCUUUUCUGAAUUUGAAGAAAAAAAAAACUUUAUUUAUAUGGAAAACAACAGCAACAUUGUUUGAUAUAAAUUCUGCAGUUGUACCAAAAGUGGCUUAUUAUUGAAGUCUGAUUGCUUUUCUAGUAAGUAGGCGCGUGCAGUGGGGUAGCGCGUGGCGUAACGUGUACUGUAUGUGGUCAGGUGACAGUGUUGUUCACUCUUAAGUGUCCUGCUGUUUUUUAAUUGAAUAUUAAGAAGUAAUGUGUACAGAAGCCAGAAUCCAGAAGGCAAACAUGGGCAAAACUUAUGUAAAAUGCAAUUUACCUAUUAUGUUUGGCAAGCGACAUGUUUAAUUGGGCUCAACAUUUCAGGACUAUCACAAAAAUGGCAAGACUUGAAUUUAAAGCGAUAGCAUUAUUGAUCUGUUCCAAAACCUAGUGAGCUGCCUAAAUAGGCAGCAUUUUAAGGCAUCAUAGGCACACUCCCAAGGUCAAGUCUGUUUCAAAAGGUAGUCAGCAUGAGUGUACCUUCCUUUUGUCCAAAUUCUAAGUUAGCAUUUCAUGUACAGUAUCCUUCAUUGAGAAUGCACUGCAACAAGCUUAGUAAAUCCAUCAAAGAUGGCAGAUGAAUCAAGAAAAUUACAAAUUACAUAUAUUACAAUAAUAUAUUCACAUCUACAAUUCUCGGAGAAAUUCAUCAUUAGAAAUAUUUUGAAAAAUAAAAAAUAAGUAUUUUGAACCUAAUAUGAGUGUGUGCUAUGACUUUUUAUGCUUAUUAGAGAUUCAUUGUGUUAGCUUAGUAACAUGCUAACGUCAAAUCCUGUUUGAAUUAAUAGAGCAUAACAGUGCCUGCCCACUUCUUCAGCCUUCUUGGUUCCGUAAGUAUUUUCCCAUUCUUUUUUUUUUUUUUUUUUUUCAUGGGGAUUUCAUAAAAUCCUUUAUAAAAGAGUGCUAAGCCAUGAACCAAACCAACCAGCUCUGAGGUGAAUCACAACAGUAUAAAAUUUGAUUUAAAGCAAAAAAUUUCUUAUAGUCUUUAAUGAGGGAAUGAACUACAAUCCCAUGAAGCAUUGCGAAUGACGUAAUUAAAUAAAAAUGAUAAAAAAAUAUGAACCAAUUGAGUUAAAGUCCAGUCCGCACAGGCCCCUGCCUUCGCUUGCCACCCAUUGGGCAUUGCAUGGCCCCAUGGGUCCGAACCCGGCUACCAGGCACUCGCCUGCUAGCUCCUCUCCCAGGCUUGGCACCAGGAGAGUGCCAUGUUUUCCCUGUUUCGGGCGAGGUCACUUUACUUCCUGCUGGUCACAUCAUAGGGGAAUUUUGAAUCGCAGUUUGUCUGGCCCCUCCUUUUUUAAAAAGGGGGACUGGACUGUUCCAACUAUCAAGGGAUCACACAUCUCAGCCUACCUGGGAAAGCUUAUGCCAGGGUCCUGGAAAGGAGACUCUUGCCGAUUGUCGAACCUCAGAUUGAGAAGGAAAGUUGCGGAUUCCGUCCCGGUCGUGGAACAGUGGAUCAGCUCUUUACCUUAGCACAGGUCUUAGAGGGGGUGUGGGAGUUUGCCCAUCCACUUUACUUGUGUUAUGUGGACUUGGAGAAAGCAUAUGACCGUGUCCCUUUGGGUGUCCUGUGGGGUAUACUGUGGGAGUGUGGGGUACCAGGGCCGUUAGUGCAUUCAUGAUAUUCAUGGACAGGAUUUCAAGGUUCAGCCGAGUUGUGGAGUGUGUCCAAUUUUGGGGCCUCAGGAUUGCAUCCCUGCUAUUUUCAGACGAUGUGGUCCUGAUGGCAUCGUCAUGCUGUGACCUCCAGCAAGCACUGGGGUGGUUUGCGGCCAAGUUUGAAGCAGUUGGGAUGAGGGUCAGCACCUCCAAGUCUUAGACCAUAGUUCUCUGCCGUACAAGGGUGGAUUGUCCUCCUCAGGUAGGGAAAGAUCAGCUUCCUCAAGUGGAGGAGUUCAAGUAUCUCAGGGUCUUGUUCACGAGUGAGAGAAAGUUGGAGCAUGAGAUCGUCAGGCAGAUCGGUGCAGUGGCUACAGUAAUGAGUUCGCUGUACCAGACCGUGGUGGUGUAGAAGGAGCUGAGCCUGAAGGCAAAGCUCUCAAUUUACCAGAUGGUCUAUGUUCCAACCCUCACCUAUUGUCAUGAGCUUUGGGUAGUGACCGAAAGUGUAAGAUUGCGGAUACUAGCGGCCGAAAUGAGCUUUCUUCACAGGGUGGCAGGGCUCACCCUAAGGGAUCAGGGAGGGUGCAAAGCUCUGACAUCAGGGAGGGGCUGCUGCUCCUCCGCGUUGAAAGGAGUCAGUUGAGGUGGUUCAGGCAUCUGAUUAGGAUUCCUCUUGGACAUGAAGGAUUAUACACAGUGCGUUAUGGGAGAGGGUGUUGCUGCUGAGCUUUUUUGGCACUCUUUGUUUGCAACGAUUCUCUGUUUGGUGGAGCGUUUCUCUUCAGUAUUGAGGUUAGUGCAGUUCUUUACCAGAAAUUCCACUUUUUUUUUUUUUUUUUAUUUUUUUUAUGAAAUUGAAAUAAUGUGGAAUCAUGGCCUUAAGAGAAGCAUAUACCAUCAAUUAACAACCUCGGAGCUCAUGGUUGGUCAGUCUUUAAAGGUUUAUAAGUUAUGUUUUUUUAUAAGUUAUCGUUAAUAAUAAUUUUCCCAGUGGAAAAAAAAUUAAUGCGAUUUUUACUUCCGGAACCAGUUGUGCUCUAUAGUGAGUCGAGUUUCCCAUGCUAAGUGCUAUUUCUGUGUUGCAUUGAGUUGCUGCCUAUGUGAAGUGGUGCAGUUUGCUCAAUUUCUGUAUGAGGUUCCAAGUUGCCUUGGAAGCAGACAGCGAGGCAGCUCAAUGAGUUUUGGAACAGAGCCAAUAUAUUUAGAUAUGAAGUUCAUUCAUUGAUCCUGUCAGUGAUAUGUUGUGUGUCUAAUGGACACGUGUCAUAUAUGGAUUCAGAGCAGAACACAGUGUACAGGCCUACGAAACACUUGACGAGAACACUUUGAGAGAUGAUCAGGGUAUUUUCAAGAUUGCAAGUAAAUGCACUGAUGAAUUGGGCUUAUUUUGAUUCAGUAUGCCCUUUCCUGUCAUUUGCUCAGGACAGUGUAAUAAAAGCACCAAAAGAAUUUAAUGUUGUAGCCCUGACGUGUGUUCAAGCCGUGAGAAUCAGCUGAAGGGUUUAGUGAGGGGAAAUGGAUCAUACUCUGUCAUGGCUAAUCUUGCAAAAGUUUGAAGUAUUAAUGACACUGAAAACUCUCAAAUCAUUCGCUAUGUUUCCAUCAACACUUAUUUUAGGAUAUCACAUAAAAUCUGCUGCAUGGAAACACCAAGAUGCGAAUAAAAUCUCCAAAAUGCGAAUAUAAAAUGUAUACGCUUGCUUGAGGUUGAUACGUUUUUUAUUGGAUAAGAAGAAAUACACAUAAACUGAUGGAAACACAUUUACCGAAUAAACUCCCAUUAAAUUUAACAGGAAUACAAGAUGCACAUCAAAAAAAUCACGUGACUGAAUAAUGCAUUCAUGAACCAGCGGAUCAGUCAUCAUAUCUGAAUUGUUGCCCUGGUCAUUCUGAAAUACCGGUGUCCUAAACAUCCAAAGCCUGCAUAGAGUUUGCAGAGCAAAUAAUUUAAACACAAACUUGCACUUUUUCCCGAAGAGCAGGUUUAUUGAUACUUAUAAAGAAUAUCUUAUCUUAUAGAUCCACACCACAAAGUCAUGAUGGAGGAAUGCACACACACAUAGUGCUCCCAGAACUGUGUGACACGCUGUCAUUUCCAGUCAUAAAUUGUCUGCGCAUCCUAAACCGCGAUUAUUUUAUUAAUAAAAGAGUCACAGUUGCUUCAAUUUCCCCAAAAGUGACUAUUUUGUUCUUUUGAAAGCAAGGGAUGGAAACGUGGCUUAUCCGCACAUUGUUUUUGCGAUAUUCAUAUUUUUCGCAUAAAUUAAAUUCGCAACUCGGAUGGAAACAUAGAUAUUGACUGCAGUGGAUUUAAAGGAAUUGUUCACUCAGAAUGAAAAUUGUAAUCAUUUACUCACCCUCGUGUUUCCAAACCUGUAUGACUUUCUUUUUUUCAGUUGAACACAACAUUUGUUUAAGAAUGUGUGAAGUUUAAUUUCAAUCUGUUCCUCACACAAAGCUAUUGUUUGACUUAGGAAGACCUUGAAUGUAGUGUUUGAGUCAUAUGGAUUCCUUUUAUGAUGCUUUCUUUUGUCCUUUUUUGAAUGUGGCAAAAAAAAAAAACUUUCAUUGAAUAGAAAUGAAGCAGCUUGAAGUUUUGUGUUUAAACAAAAGAGGGGACAAAAUCAUAUAGGAGUGAUUGAGGGUGAGUAAAUGUUGAUAGAACAUACAUUUUUGGGUGAACUAUUCCUUUAAGGAUAAAAUGAACAGACUGAAAUGUGCUCACAUUGAAAGAAUGUGAAAUGAAUGCAUUGCCCUCUCACCUCAACUCCUCAUCUUUUUCAAGGCCCCAACAAUCAGUAUUUCAGUAUUCUGAAAAAUGUUUUGCUACAGUAGAAAUAUGCAGCGUACGGUUUCAGCAGUUUAGGGUGUAGGCUUUCAGAAAUUUGAUGACUUGUUAGUUUUUUGAGCUGAUUGCUCAGAUAAUUCACUCACCACAUCCUAACAGUCGCCUUUCUUUUAUUCAUUCUUUCUUUUCUUUCUAUCUUCACCCUCCAUUUGAAAGCAUUUUUAGCAGCCUCUUUUCUCUGUGGUUUUUAGCACAGUUAAUCCACACAGCACUUUUCUGUAAUGUUCAAUGUAGUCCGUGGAUAAGUGCCACACUGUACCCUAAUGUGCACACCAGUUAUUCAUUCUCUUGACCAAUGAUGUUUGUGGUACUUUGUAUAAUAGCACUAUUGAAAAAAUGUAUACUGAGAAAGAUGCUUCAGUGAGGUAUAGUUACUACUGGUCUGUACGUGCAUUCAUUAUCUCUUUUCCAAAAACCUAGUGAGAUACCUCUGUAGGCAGCUUUUUAAGGUGCACAAGGCUGUUACAAAAAGUAGACAGCAACAUUACGUUGCCUUUUAAGAUACCUCACUUUGACCAAAUUCUAAGGCUGCAUGUAUCUUUUGUGGAGAAAAUGUCGCAAAUAUGCAUUGCGUCAAGUUCAGUGUAAAACAUCAGCCAAGAUGAUGGACGAAGCGAGAGAAUUACAAUUCUAUUUCAUUAAAUAGCAAAAAAUUAUUAAUAGAAAUAGUUUCUUUUAAUUAAAAUUGACUACUUCAUUAUUUGAAUGUGCUACUGUAUGUAUUUGUAUGCUUGAAGCUUAUAUCAUAUCUACUCUAUUCUACUCUAUUGGAAUUCAUUGUGAUUUGAGUCUCUUGUGCGCUAGGAACACUAUUGGUAUGGGGCACAAUUUGCUGCCUACAGUAUGUAGAGCAUUCUAAAUCAGUCACUUGAGGCUCCAUUGCAGUUAGGGUGCUGCCUUAGGCCACAUCAACACUAAUCUAUUUUCAGUUUCCAAAGUCAUUCUCCAAAGAGUGUUUCGAAAAUGUCGAGUGUUUUUGAAACGCUGUUUUCUGUGGAGGAAAACUGUUCUUGUGUGGAUGAGAAGCAUAAACUUAGCUAUAUCAACGCAUUCUUAUUGCAGAGACUUAGGCCAGGUUCCAAAUUAUGCAUUAAUGGGCAGCGAUAUUAAACAUAACAUUUUUUUGUGGAGGAAAAUGCUGUUCUAGAGUGGAUGAGAAGCGUAAAUGUAGUGAUCGAUGCAUUUUUUUUAUUUUUUAUUUUUUUUAUGUGUGGCCUACAGAGGACAAGUCCACACCAAUCAGUUUUUGUAUGAAAACUAUAUUUUCAGUUUCUUAACGUCAUUGUUUUCUAAAGUAUGCGGUGAUGGAGAGUGUUUACAAAAUGCUCCAUUUUCAAUGGAGGACAACGGCAUUGUGGCUGUGGAUGAGAGGCGUAAACCUAGCGAAAUCAGUUGCGUUUUCAACGUGUGGCCUUAGCCACGGUUACACUAGGGAUGUAACGGAUCUAAUUGGUUUUCAAAAAUUCACAGUAUUGCAUGAACAAAGUCAUAUUUUUUCUUAACUUUUCAAAAAUUCAAAUCAGUUCAAUUAAGACAGAAUGGGCUACAUUUGCACAGCAUAAUAUAAACUUGACGUAAUAAAAUAAAUCUUACGUCUUUAUUGUUAAAAACUUUCUCAUUUUAAAUUUAACCGUCACUCCAUUUAAGGCAAAGCGUAUGUCGCGAGCGCAGCACACAUUGGAAAACAAUCAGGCUAGGAAACUGAAAACUGAAGUUUUUAUUUGGAGUUUUCAAAUGAAAACUGAUUAGUGUGGAUGUGGCUUAAAAAGUAUCUGCCUAUGUAGACAGAGACAGUGAAGUUUCUCAUAGGUUUUUUUAAACAGAGCUACAAUAUUACACAAUAUUAUCAUGAUCUUGUGAGUAAAAUGUUGUGUAAUUUAUCAUUAGGUAAUGUAACAGGCCUGGUCAUGGGUCUAAAUAAAUCUUUCAUGAGUGAUUGAUCAAAAGCAAAAAAAAAAAAUAAAUUCAAGAAAGAUGGAGCAAUGCACACAGCACAUGAAUAUCAAUUUUAUGGAGAAUUAGGCUAAUAGUUUAUCGUAUUCAGUGUUUGGUGAGCAAGUGACAGUGCAGGUUUUUUAUAUUUGGUACUCUGAAUAGAUCUUUGUCUCAGAAAAUAAAGCUAUGAAAUGUGAAUUUAUGAUUGAUUAUGAUUGUUUUCAUUAUUUUUAUCAAUGGGUUGUAAUAAGAUAUAUUGCAGUACUUUGUAUGAAACACAGUAAAAAUGGGUGAGUUGUAUCUUAUUUAUUGAUUAAAUUAUUGUACUUUUACAAUCUAAAUACACCAGUGAUCUGAUGUAUUCAUAUUUAACAACUGUGGAUUUGAACCAUGCAGUUAACCAUUUCUUAAAUGUGGCUAAGUUAUUGUUGUACUGUUGUAUAUAAUGGAUGUUUGUUGAAAUACAGCUUCGUUUAUUUUGUAUAUGACCAAUAAAAAUGUUUUGAGAAA